AUGCAGCUGCUCAAACAACGUGAGAAGGAACGUCAGGAAAUUGAGUUCCAAAAGAAGAAGCUUGAAGCGGAAUUGCGUGUUGGCGAAUUCACUAAUAAGUUCACUGUCCAACACGAUAGCAUAGAAAAUCAACUCAAGACGGAUACCAUUGGCUUAGUUACACUGGAUGAGAUGAAAGCUCGUCAGCAGGCCGUAAUCACUCAAAGAGAGAAGGAACUUGCUCUUGGCAAAGCAAAUAAGGCAAAGUUUGGAGAGGCUCGGCACGGGAAACACGGUGCCGUUCGUAGAGGUCCCAUUUCGUUUAAUGAAGAUGAGGAGGAUGAAUUGACUGAAUCGGAAGAUGAAAGGCCCCCACUAAGCCUCAAACAUCCCAACGAUAAGCGUUGCAUUUCGCCAUCUGGAUCAGUAACCGCUAGUAAUAAUGACAUAGGAGGGGUGGUCGACCCAAAUUAUCACGAAACAAAUGAAGCUGAGACGGAGGAAUUCAAGAAAAAACGUAGGAGAUUAGGAAAAAACCCAGAUGUUGACACUAGCUUUCUACCCGACAUUGAUCGCGAUGAGGAAGAAAAGCAGCUACGGCAAGAGCUGCGACGUGAAUGGCACGCGAAGCAGGCGGCGAUUAAAGAGGAAGAAAUAAACAUAACCUAUAGCUACUGGGAUGGCUCUGGUCACCGACGUCAAGUUAAAAUGAAAAAAGGUCACUCUAUUCACCUCUUCCUCCAUCGAUGCCUCGACCAGCUUCGAAAAGACUUUUCUGAGCUCCGCGCAGCCUCCGCAGAUCAAAUGAUGUACAUCAAAGAGGACCUCAUUAUACCUCAUCACUACACGUUUUACGACUUUAUAGUUACCAAAGCUCGAGGCAAAUCCGGCCCGCUCUUCUCCUUCGAUGUCUACGACGAUGUAAGACUACGGAUGGACGUGAGCAAGGAAAAAGAGGAAUCACACGCGGGUAAGGUGUGCUUGCGCUCGUGGUAUGAGCGUCACAAGCACAUUUUUCCAGCCAGUCGAUGGGAACCGUACGAUCCUGCCAAAAACUGGGAUCAGUACACUAUUUCCGACAAGAUGUCUGUUAAAAUAACGAUCAAGUAG